CUAUAUAUACAUACACAAUUGCACAUAUCGCAUAGCGUUACAGACGCCAGCCCCCUCCCUCCUCCCACGCCACCAACACCCAGCGCACAAUCAACAACAAUCCAUCUUCCCUCCCUACUCCGGCGAUCGAGAUGACGCAGUACGCUGUCGCCGUGGAUCCCUACGCGGGCGCCUUUGCUCGACCUCCGCCUCCCGGCUUCUUCGGCGUCGGAUCCUGCGCUCGGGCCGCCAACAGGCCUGCUCGGCGACCUCCGCCUCCCGGCUUCUUCGGCAUCGGAUCCUGCUUUCGCCCGGCUGCCGACGUGCCAGCUCGUCGACCUCCGCCUCCCGGUUUCUUCGGUGCAUGCCGUCCCAGGGUGCUCCCACCAGCGCCGUGCGAGGUGCCCAUGCCCCCAAAAUUCUCAAAGCCCACGGCACCGGCACCAGCGCCGGUCUCCUGCGUCGCCGCCGCCUCCACAAAGCUCCAGCGGCUAUGCCCUGACUACGAAGACGACAUCGACCACAACCUCCGGUGCUCGACAUGGAGCGCGAUAUGGUGGAGGCGCUCGGGUACCAGCUCGGCGGCCCCACGGCGCACACCUUCCUGGGCCACUUCAUGAGGUACGCCGAGGGGAAGGACAAGACCAAGAUCCUGCCAUUGGCGACUCGCCUCGUUGAUCAGUCUCUGCUCAACUAUACGUGCCUCCGCUUCUUGCCGUCCGUCGUGGCGGCGUCCGCGAUAUUCCUCGCGAGGCGGACCCUGAAUACGCCCGACGUCCUGGCGUGGAACACGGAGCUGACGGAGCUGACGGGUUACAACUGCUCGGACAUGACAGCCUGCGUGCUUAAUAUGUUCUUCUUCUCGCGCUCGCUCAUCUGUAGCCCUCCUUCUUGAUCAUCGAGGAGAAUCACCAAGACAGAGCAGUUUUGUUACAUAUUAAGUUUGUGAUCUUGUGGAAGUUACUUGUAAUGUUCAUGUAUACGGUAUACCUGUCUGAAAUUAAUAUGCAUGUAUCGUCUGUGUUUAUCAUGCAUGCGUGAACUUGUGAUGAACACAUGGGCAUGGCUUUUGAUUGCUGGUUCUUUUUUCCUCCAAAAAACCAAUUAAACAUCUAGCAUUUCACCACACUAUUGCAAGAAAAUAAAUAGAUGAUUUUCUUCGAGGGAAGGCCAUCAUGGUAGUAACUUCUGUUUAUUGACAAAAAAUUUGCCUCAUCCAUUAAUU